GCAGGCGGUGAUAGUUGGGAGGCUCUGUGAUGUUGUCCGCUCCUAUUUUCCGGUGGGAAAUGAAGUCGGAGGUCUGGGCUUGCCACCCCUCGCUCCUCCGCAGCAGCUCCGGCGUCGACGCGGGCAGCUCUGACGACCGCCGCCCCCAGUGGCUCAGGCUUGUGGGGUCAGGCCGCCAGCUCGCGGGCGCCUCCCCUGCGGGGGGGCCGCGCCUGGUUGUGGCCUGCGGCGCCCUCCUUGCCCUCGCCCGCCAGGCCGCGCUUCGUCCGCCGGCAGGCCGCCAACGCCGCCCCGGGGGGCCACGAUGGGGGGGGGAUGGGCAUAGGGCGGUUCAACCGUUGCCCCUCACGCCCCCGCCCCCCACGUCGGAGGCGCCGCUCGGCCGAUGGCGUCCUGCGCGGCGCGCGCGCAGAUGGCCGCUCGCCUGGGCCGCCGGCCAGGAGGACGCGUCCCGAGCUGGCGGGCGCAGCGCGGGGCGGUUGCCACCGCCUGGGCUCCGCCGAGGGCGCCCGCCGGCCUGCGUGGGCCCCUGUGGCACGCGGCGGUUGGCCUUCCUCUCCCUCCCGCCGCACCUGGACCUGCUCUCCGGCCAGACGCGGCCUGGCUCGUGGCCUGCAGGGCCCUGGCCGCGCAGCGGCGGGUGGACCCAGACAAGCCCAAGCGGCCCGUUUCCGCGUACAUGCGAUUCCUGAGUGACUUCCGGUCGCAGAAGUCUGCCGACCUCGGCGGGAAGGACCUUUUGAAGGCGGCGGGGGCCGAGUGGAAGGCGCUGCCCGCGGAGCGCAGGAAGCCCUACGAGGCCGCCUACGAGAAGGAGGCGGUGGCGUACAGGAGUGCUUACGAUCAGUACGUGUCUUCAGGGAAGAAGGACGCGUUCAAGCGAGAUCCAGACAAGCCCAAGAGACCACUCACAGGUUUCCUGCGGUUUGUAGCUGAGAAGAGGGAGCAAAACAAAGACGUGAAGGCGACGGUCCUAACGAAGGAGGCGAGUGACUCGUGGAAGGGUAUGUCGGAGGCGCAGCGGAAGCCAUACAACGAGGCGUACGAGCUGGACAAGGCACGAUACGCAGAGAAAAUGAAGGCAUACGCUGCAUCUGGAAAAGAGGAGGAGAGUGGAAGGCCAAAGUCGGCAUCAAGACCCUGUCGGAGAAGCUCGAGGAGAGGAAGGCCGCCAGGGAGGCCGCGGCGCUCAAGAGGAAGGCCGAGGUAGAAAAGAAGAAGGCGGCCGCCCAGAAGAAGAAGGACGCGCUAAAGGCCAAGAAGGCCGCUGCCGCGGAGAAGAAGGCCGCACAGAAGGCGGCCGCGGCGGACAAGAAAAAGGCCAAGGCUGCCAAGCUCAAGGCUAAGGCGGCGGAGACCCAGGCCAAGAAGAAGAAGGCCCAGGCGGCCAAGGCAACGAAGGAGAAUAAGGUUGCGAGCACAGCGAAGGCCAAGUGAGGCAGCCCUCCUGCUGCUCUUCCUCCUCCCCCCCUCUUUCCCUUAGAGUCGACUCCCUGCUGCCUCUCGUGCAGCGCGAUCUGUCCAGGGUCCCGGAUUUCGGGGCCGGUCCGACCGUCGCGGUGAGGACGCCCCAGGAGGCGCCACAAAAA